AUGAAGCGCAAAGCACCCAUCGCCGAGUUCUCAGACGCGUCGACCAGCAAGAAAUCAGCGCGUUUGGAACGCACGACCGCACUAGACGCGACAAGUAGUGAUCCGAGCGAGCGAUCCGACGAGGACAGUGGUAGCGAGGGCGACAGCGACUCGGGUGGGAGUGAAGGCGAAGGCAGCGAUGUAGGUGGGGACGGACAGAGCUUGGAGCAUAUGCAGUGGCUAAACGAUCCGAAAUCAAGCCGACUCGUCGUUGGAGACAGGUUAACCCGAGCUGCACCCAAGCGUGAGGCACCAGCCCAACGUGCUCAGGCCUCUCCACAUGUCGAGUCUUUCGCUGCGUUGGGAAUAUCCAAGCCGCUCCAAAAUGCUCUGAAGAGCGUAUCAAUAAAGGUCCCAACGGAAAUCCAAAGUGCUUGUAUUCCGCCUCUACUUGCUGGAAGGGAUUGUGUGGGCAAUGCCAAAACAGGUUCUGGGAAAACAAUUGCAUUUGCCAUUCCUAUCCUCCAGAAAUUAUCCGUCGACCCGUACGGCAUCUACGCACUCGUACUAACACCGACAAGGGAGCUGGCGUUCCAGAUAUCGGAACAAUUCGCUGUUCUGGGGGGGCUAAUGAACGUAAGAACUGCGGUCAUCGUGGGCGGAAUGGAUAUGAUGACACAAGCUAUUGAACUCGGGAACCGCCCUCAUAUAGUAGUCGCCACUCCCGGCCGUAUCGUUGAUCACCUGAAGAGUAGCAAUGAAGAGUGGAAUCUCUCCCGCGUUAAGUUCCUGGCAAGUUCCUCCCAGGAUUCUGUCCUGGACGAGGCCGACCGAUUGCUCACAUCAACAUUCGCUCCCGAGUUAUCGUUCCUGUUCAACGUUCUGCCCAAGGAGCGACAAACAUGCCUAUUUACGGCGACCAUGACGGCUUCUAUCGAAGAUAUAUCAUUAGCCCCACCAAGACAGGGGAAACAACGCCCUUUCGUCCAUCGGAUGACUGAGUCUGUGGAGACUGUGUCAACGCUACGGCAACAUUAUAUCUUGGUCCCAUCUCACGUGCGGGAACCUUAUCUAUUUUAUCUGCUAUGCAAUCCCCCCGAAUCUACGAUCCACCUUCGACAAGCACCCCCGGAACCAAUAAAGAAAGGGAAACGCAGGGACACAAAGAAGACGAAUGACGAUUCCGAUGAUAUACGGCAGCCACCACCAACCAUUAUUUUUGUUCGCAGACCCCGUACAGCGGCAUAUCUCACGCUACUACUCAAAUCCUUGAACAUACGCGCGACGGCUUUACAUUCGCGGAUAACACAACGCGAGAGACUUACCUCUCUGUCUCUGUUCCGGUCUUUUGUCGUCCCCGUGUUAGUUUCUACCGACGUGGGUGCUCGAGGUUUGGACAUAGAAGAUGUUGCGCUGGUAAUAAAUUGGGAUAUGCCUGAGGAACCGACCGAGUAUACGCAUCGAGUUGGUCGAACGGCUCGUGCGGGGCGGGGUGGUGUCGCGAUUAGCUUUGUGACGGAGAAGGACGAAGAGAACGUCUUGAAGGUGGAGGAUCGGAUAAAAACCAAGCUAGAGGAAAUGACGCUCCCCGAGGACAAGGUACUUGAGAAGCUGAAUGCUGUUUCUACCGCGAAACGGUUAGCCAACAUGGAGCUCCACGACAUGGAUUUUGGGAAGCGCGAGAAGGUGCAUAUGAUGAAGCGCGCUGUGGCUGCUGGGUAG